AGCUGCUUUUAUGAAUGUGAAUGUCGCUAUCCAUGGUGCUGAACGCAUGUUUCUGGUUUCCAAACCGCAGGACAAAAUUGUAAAUCAUUUUCAACCCUGAUCUCAUAGAAAUUAGGCUUUCAUACUGGCUCAAACAUUAGCAAUGUAUUUGUGAAGAUACAUACUUUGUCUUUAGUUUGAUUGUGUUUCUUUUCCCUUUAUUCGUGUCUGGCUUCUGAAGAAAGCGGGUUUUUGUUGGUGUGCUGAAUAAACCAUCUUUCUGGAAUGUUGAUUUAAAAAAAAAAAAAAAACCUUCAUUAACCACAUUAGUUGUCUCGUGAAGUUUUGACUUAGUGUCGAAAACAGGUCAUUUUGUUAAAAAAAUACAAACAUAUGAAGUUUUAAUCGAAAUUAUCACUGUGAUAAAUUAGGCAGUUAAGCCAAUUCUUCUUUGAGUUAUGAAAUGGUUUAGCUACAUGUUCAAGUGGAAAUUAAGAGUGUAAAGGUCUGCUAAUAUUAGUGUCUGUAUGUUGAAUGUAGUUCUCGCAAGUGUCCACAUGACGACAUUGUAGACCGUCACAUUUGAACUAACUCUUUGGUAGCACGGGGCUCCUCCCAGAUUCAGAGGAUGAUGAUGUUUCUCAGGCGAUUCAAACAAAGAGACUCGGGGAGCGAAAGAGGACGGUGCGACCACCAUUUUCCUAUUGUACUGCAUAUAUACCGAUAAAUUAAUUUAGUAGGUUUCGUGAUGCUGUUUAAUGCAUCCAUAUGAGUGACCUUAUCAGCCAAAUCAAUGUUUAUGCCGUCUCUCGAUGUGUGGAAUGAUGCAUUUGUCGAGCAGAAGGAGCUGUGUGUGGAUAUAUCUCCUGUUCGUGCUGCUGGAUUGUUACUGGGAAGCGGUGUCUGGGCAGCUCUCUUACUCCGUCUCAGAGGAGGUGAAUCUGGGGACUGUUGUCGGAAAUAUCGCUAAAGAUCUCAACAUCAAUGUGCAGGAUUUGGAGUCCCGCAUGUUUCAGAUCGUUGCUGGAUCAAAGAGAAAAUAUUUCGAGGUAAAUCUAAAGACUGGUGUCCUGUAUGUUAAUGAGAGGAUAGAUCGAGAGGAACUCUGCGGCAACGAACAGAAAUGUUCCCUCAGUGUAGAAGCAGUGAUUAAUAACCCUUUAAAACUGUACCGGAUUGAAAUUAUAAUCUUGGAUGUAAAUGAUAAUUCCCCGUCAUUUUUAAGAACGUCCCAGAUAAUUAACAUUAGUGAGAGCACGGCAGCAGGAGCUAAAUUUCCUCUGCAUCCUGCUCACGAUGCAGACGUCGGUAAAAAUACUGUAAACAGCUACAAGCUGAGCCAAAAUGAACACUUCUCUCUCGUCACACAUAAAGGGGAGAGUGUAACUGUAGAAUUACAGGUUCAGAAAGUUUUAGACAGAGAAAAACAGUCUGUGAUCCGACUCACACUAACUGCUCUUGAUGGAGGAAGUCCUGUUAAAUCUGGCACUAUGGUAAUUGUGGUAAAUGUAUUGGACAUAAAUGAUAACGCUCCUAUAUUCAGUCAAACUCUGUACAAAGCCAGUGUGUAUGAGAAUGUGAAGGUAGGUACAUCCAUAAUAACAUUAAAUGCUACUGAUUUAGAUGCAGGUCAGAAUGGACAAGUUGUGUAUUCUUUCAGUGAGGUAGGCCGGGGAAAACAAACCGAUCUGUUUGCUAUAGAUGAAAAAACUGGAACUGUAACAAAUAAAAAGAAUAUCGACUUUGAAGAAAAUAAUGCUUUUGAGAUUCGAGUACAAGCCAGUGAUGGAGCCUCUUCUCCUCUCACUUCAAAUGCCAAAUUAUUAAUUGAGGUUUUAGACGUCAAUGACAAUGCCCCUGAAAUAUCUGUUACGUCAUUGUUAAACACCGUGAAAGAGGAUGCGUCCAUUGGCACCGCCAUUGCACUAGUUUCAGUAUCUGAUAAAGACGGAGGUAAAAAUGGGAUGGUGAACUGUAAAAUCUCCAAUAAUGUCCCUUUCAAAUUAGAGUCAAAUCAUAAGAAUUACUACUCGUUGGUGGUGGACGGUCCUCUGGACAGAGAGAGCUCAGCUGAAUACAACAUCAGCAUCACUGCUACUGAUGAGGGCAGCCCACCUCUCUCCAGCACGAGCGUCAUUAAUGUCCACGUCUCAGAUGUCAAUGAUAACAAACCUCUAUUCACAGAAAACAUAAUCAAUGUCUAUGUGAAAGAAAACAGUCCAGUAGGAGUAGUUUUAAAAACAGUUUCAGCAAUUGAUGCAGACAUCGAUCAGAAUGGUCAGGUGAGCUAUUCAGUUUUACAAAGUAACAGUAACUCACUGCCGUUAUCUACAAUGGUGAACAUCAACUCAGAGACUGGAGAUAUAGUCAGCCUGCAGUCUUUUAACUAUGAGGAGUUGAAAACGUUUCAGUUUAAAGUUCAGGCCACAGACUCUGGUGUUCCUCCGCUCAGCAGCAACGUGACUGUCAACGUUUUAAUUCUGGAUGAAAAUGACAAUAAUCCAACAAUUCUCGCGCCAUAUUCUGAGCACGGCUCCGUUAACAGUGAGAGCAUCCCCUAUUCUGCUGAAGCGGGAUACUUUGUGGCAAAGAUCAGGGCUGUAGACGCAGACUCUGGAUACAAUGCGCUGCUCUCUUAUCACCUCUCUGAGCCCAAAGGAAACAACCUCUUCCGCAUCGGAACCAGCACCGGAGAAAUCAGGACUAAGAGGAGAAUGAGUGACAAUGACCUGAAAACUCACCCCUUGGUGGUGUUGGUGUCUGAUAACGGAGAACCCUCCCUGUCAGCUACUGUGUCUAUUGAGGUGGUGGUGGUUGAGAGCACAGCUGACAUCCAGACUCAGUUCAGACAUGUGCCCAUAAAGGAGGACAGCUUCUCUGCGCUGAACCUGUAUCUGCUGAUCGCCAUUGUGUCGGUGUCAGUCAUCUUUCUGCUCAGCCUCAUCAGUUUAAUAGCUGUCAAAUGCCACAGGACAGACGGCACUUUCAGCAGGUACAGCGCCCCAAUGAUCACCACCCACCCUGACGGGAGCUGGUCUUACUCCAAAGCUACUCAGCAGUAUGACGUGUGUUUCAGCUCAGACACACUCAAGAGUGACGUAGUGGUUUUCCCCGCACCGUUUCCGCCUGUAGAUGCUGAGCUGAUCAGUAUUAAUGGAGGAGACACUUUUACCAGAACUCAGACUUUACCCAACAAAGAAAAGUUCGCUUAA